AUGGGACGGUUUUUCAGAAGUUAUUACGUGCCUUUCCUUCUUGAUCUCAGAACAAAGAUCGCAGUUGCCAUAUUAUUUAUCGCAUAUUUAGUGGUCUCAAUCUAUGGCAUAACAGUAAUGGAACAAGGUUUGGACUAUGACAAAUUGCUCUUACAAACGGACCCUCUUGUGGAAGCAUUCGCUAGAGAGAUCGAGCUUUUUCCCAGCGGGGAUCAGAUCGAGAUUGCCAUCAAAAAAGCUCCAGACAUGUCAGUCGCCGAAAACAGAGAGCGGAUCGAGCAGAUUGCUCAGAAAUUUGAGCAAAUCUCCUACAGUAAUGGUCCGAAGAGCACCUCACUAUGGCUCAGAGAAUACCUCAAAUACGCUAACCUGACUGGUUCAUUCUUGAACGACGAUCGCGAGUCGUGGGUAAUCGGGGUGUACGAGUGGUCUCAGCUGUUCGCCUUCUACAAACUCUGGUCACAGGACUUUGUUUGGGCGAACCACUCCGAUUAUGACCACUUAUCGUUGGUCUCGUUCCGAUUCCGAAUCGGCAUCCAUGACCUCAACACUCCAACCGAUCUGGUGAUGGUGACCGAAGAAGUGCGUCAGUUGGCCGCUCAGCAUCCUGAUCUCGAGAUUUUCACCUACCAAUACAGUCGUGCCAUUGCUGAUCAGCUGAACGUGAUUCUGCAGUCGACUAUCCUCGUAUAA